GUGUCUCCUCAGCCGUUCUAGAGGUGCACGUGGGGACGGGCUCAGUCUUCUCCGUGGAGGGACAAGGAGUGGUGCUGCCUGCCUGGUACACCAGCCACUCCCAGAAGAAGCCCUACGUCACCUGGCUGCUGGAUAAGGAAGAUGCUGACCCCUUCCAGAUCCUGACCUACCUGGAUGGAAGGGUGAAGGUAGAGGAGACGGAGUUGAAGCCCCGCGUUGGGUUCCUGCACCCCGUCCUCACCCACAACAUCUCAGUGUUCAUCAACUCCACCCAGGAGAGCGACUCGGGCCAGUACAUGUGCACUGUCAACGUGGUGGAUGAUGUCACCAACACGGGCAAGAACGUUGGCGUCAUCAACCUCACCGUCUUGGUGCCACCGGCUGUCCCCACCUGCCAGCUCCAUGGCACCGCCACCGUGGGUGCCAACGUGACCUUGACCUGCACCUCCAAGAAGGGGAAACCCUCACCCAUGUACCAGUGGCAACGUACGACCCCCACCCAACAGUUCUUCUUCUCUCCCAUCCAGGACCAGACCAAGGGCACCCUCAAGUUGACCAACCUCUCCUUGGACAUGUCGGGUCUUUACGUCUGCGUGGCCAAAAACCAAGCGGGUUCAACCGAAUGCAGUGUCAUCUUGGAGGUGCACUCAACAAGCACCAAAGCCGUCAUCGCCGGCGCCGUGUUGGGUUCUCUGGGUGCCCUCGGCACCGUCAUCUUCUUCGCCCGGCGUGUCGUCAGCUACCGGAGGAAGAAACGGGAUGGACAGGAGGAGGCAGCCAAUGAGAUCAAGGAAGAUGCUGUGGCUCCUAAAACCCCAUCGUGGGCGAGAAAACCACCGUCAGACACCAUCUCCAAAACCAGCACCUUGUCCUCCAUCACCCGAGAGAAACCCUACGGUGCCACCCCCCCCUCC